CCCCCCCGACCAUCCCUUUGGAUGACUCUCUUUGUUUUUGUUUUGUUUUCCGUUGCACUUUUUCCCUUUUUCGUCGUGCACGAUGAAGCUUAAUUGGGAUUGGCUGCGAGGGAGGGGAAGAAGAAAAAAGAACAAAGAAGAAGAAGAAGAAGAAGAAGAAAGGAGGUCCGCUUUCGCACGAUCCGAUCUUGGGUCGCCGUCAGUCUCCGGGACGGGCUCACCUGGCAGCAUGUUCGCGCACUGGGAGCUUUGCGUCUACGUGUUGGUGGUGCUGCAGGCCCAGCUCAGGUCCUGCUGCUGCUGGUCAGUGAAUAAUUUCUUGAUGACCGGGCCCAAGGCGUACCUGAUCUACUCCAGCAGCGUGGCGGCGGGCGCCCAGAGCGGCAUCGAGGAGUGCAAGUUCCAGUUUGCGUGGGACCGCUGGAACUGCCCCGAGAGGGCGUUGCAGCUUUCCACGCACAACGGCCUGCGCAGCGCGAACCGGGAAACGGCGUUCGUGCACGCCAUCAGCUCAGCGGGGGUCAUGUACACGCUGACCAGGAACUGCAGUCUGGGGGACUUCGACAACUGCGGCUGCGACGACAGCCGGAACGGACAACGAGGCGGUCACGGUUGGUUGUGGGGAGGCUGCAGCGACAACGUGGGCUUCGGCGAGGCCAUCGCCAAACAGUUUGUCGACGCUUUGGAGACCGGCCAGGACGCCCGAGCGGCCAUGAAUCUGCACAACAAUGAAGCGGGCAGAAAGGCGGUGAAGGGGACCAUGCAGAAGACGUGCAAGUGCCACGGGGUGUCGGGAAGCUGUACCACCCAGACCUGCUGGCUGCAGCUGCCCGAGUUCAGGGAGGUGGGCAACUACCUGAAGGAGAAGUACCACAGAGCUCUGAAGGUGGACCUCCUCCGGGGGGCCGGGAACAGCGCGGCCAGCCGGGGGGCCGUGGCCGAGACCUUCAGCUCCAUCUCCCGCAAAGAGCUGGUCCACCUGGAAGACUCUCCGGACUACUGCUCGGAGAACCGCACCCUGGGCCUGCCGGGAACCGAGGGCCGCGAGUGCCUGAAGAAGGGCAAGAACUUGAGCAAGUGGGAGAAGCGCAGCUGCAAGAGGUUGUGCGGCGAGUGCGGCCUGGCCGUGGAGGAACGCAAGGCCGAGACGGUGUCCAGCUGCAACUGCAAGUUCCACUGGUGCUGCGCCGUCAAGUGCGAACAGUGCAGGAAGACGGUCACCAAGUUCUUCUGCGUGAAGAGAGGAAGCGCCAGGGGGAGGAACGAGAGCGCGGGAGGACGACGCAAGACCCUAAAGCCCGGCAGAAAGCACCGAGCCUCCUCCUGAAUAUUUUAGCUCAUGAUUGUCCAAGAAAAUGUGAAGUUGGAAAAAAAAAGACAAUCGCAAGACAAUUUCCUGAAAAUAAGAAAAAAAAAAAACCAAGACGCGUUCAGACUUUUUUCUUAGUACUAAAUUGUCCAACUGACCAGGAAUUUUCUGAAAACGUUGACGUUUUUGUUCUCGAAAUCAAAGUGCAUAGUGACAGGGUGAAAAUCCGCCUCAUGGUUCAGAGGUGGUGGGUUCCAAUCCGGGGACCAACCUUCCUCUGUGGAGUUAGCAUCUUCUACAGUCCGUGGUUUAACCCGCCUCUCGCCCAAGGUCAGCUGUGUCUCUGUCGAGAGUGUCAGUUUCAUCGCAUUUAAAGGGAACGAGAGGAGCCGCUUUUAUUGGUGGUAACUGAAGUCUCAGCUGCAAACGCUCCCACAGUUCCGCAGCCUGCCCACUUAUAGAUCCUGCGCUGCUCUGUUAAAUGACCAACACCGAUCCUACUCGCCGUUUAGUCCUCCGAGUCCACUAGGAUAGGCUCCGGCUCCAGAGUGACAAUGAACGCGAGACAAAAUAUGGUCCAAAGAAGAACAGAAACCGAAAUCUACAGUAAGUUUGUAAACACACAAAAUGCAAAACCGCAACUCUUGUGGUGGGAAUAAACGGAACAACUUCGAGGACCACGUUAAGUGAAGACGCUUUCUUUCAAAAACAAAUCGCUACAAACUUUCAGUUGAAUCGCCCGUGUCGAAAAUUAGCCGUCCGGGUCAUGGCAGUCCAUUUGAACUGGAUCCCAACCGUGAUGUAUUUAAAUGUACUGUAUAUAAGAUAAAGCACUUUGUACUGUACAUUGUUAAUUUAUUGCACCGCCUUGCCUUAGUUGUGUCGUCAUUAGUUUAGUUUUGUUUUCUAUUCAGCUGUGAUGUAAGAAUAAUAAAUCCU